ACGGUGGUACGGAUAAGGGAGUGCCUCACGGUGGUGCACUAGUGCCGUCGCUGUUCGUAGUGCCAACAUUUACAACCCGCUAUCGUGCUGUGUAUUAGAAUCAGCAUUCCCAACACAAAUCAACUAGCUUACACCAUUGAUGCUGAUACUAUGUGUGAUACUCUCGUUUAUAUUUAUUUUCCGAUUUUGUCCAAAUAGGUAUAUUUUUGGGAAAUAUUUCAAUCCGUACAGAAACAUGUCCGGGUGCCGAUGUUCGAGGCGGUAUUAAAUGUGGUGACUUGUUGCUGUAGUGAUCGAUAACUGCGGUUGGAGAUCACCAUGAGAUUGACCUGCCUCGCUUUGGUUCUAUCGCUCUACUGUGUUAACAAAAACAACAAAUAUAUUGUAUGUGGACAGUUAAACAAUAAUGGAUGUGACGUCACAUAGACUUAUAUGGGAAUAAUAAUCAACAGCUAUGACGUUGACGAUCUGUCAGAGGUGCGGCCGACGUGAGUGUCAGUGACGCGAUGUCUCCGGCGAAUCUUACCCUCACGUUCCUGGAACCCGACAACUCGUCCGUGGGACUCGACUGGGAGAAUUUCCCGCUUUUGGAUCUCAACUACUCUUUUUCCCCAAACGCUUCCAACUCCACUGUUACUCCUCACGCCGCUCGCAACUACUUUGCCCUCCUCUUGCUCGUCUUUCCGUUCCUCACCCUCUUCGGGAAUGUCCUGGUCAUCCUUGCGGUGUUCCGGGAGAGGUCCUUGCAGACUGCUACCAACUACUACAUCAUCAGUCUCGCACUUGCCGAUCUUCUUGUUGCCGUCGUCGUCAUGCCUUUCGCCGUUUAUUUUCAGAAAUUGUCUCUAUAA